AUCCCCCGAAUAGCCAUCACCUCCCUCCUCAACCAUAGCCGGCCCCGACGCGCCCCCCCGAUCAACCUCCGACUUCUCCCUCGACCACUACACACCACCAGCCCACCCCAUCACCCAAAACCACCCCCCAAAGCCUCCCACCUCGCCAGCCUCCUCCUAACCACCUCCCUCCUCCUCACCCUCCCUCUCCUAUCCAAAUCCGAAACCUCCUCCCUCGACCCUUCCCCCUCCCCCUCCCUCCCGCUCUACCACCUCUCCGAAAUCCACCAGUCUCACGGUCCCACCUCCCCCGAACCAUGGGUAACCCUCAACAACAAAGUCUACAACAUCACCUCCUGGCUCCCCGCCCACCCAGGCGGGGACGUCAUCCUCCGCGCCGCCGGCGGCUCCCUAGAGCCCUACUGGGAAAUUUUCACCAUCCACAACUCCCCUCACGUCAAAGAGAUCCUAGAAGAGUAUCUAAUCGGGUACAUCCACCCCUCCGACCUCGGUCCAGACGGGAAACCACCCGCCACGAGCAUCGAAGACCCAUUCGUAAACGAUCCGGUGCGGGACAAAAGACUUAUAACGCACACUUACAAGCCUAGGAACGCGGAGCCGCCUAACCAGGAGCUGGAUAAGGGGUUUUACACCGAGAAUGGGAUGUUUUAUGUGCGGCAUCAUAUGUGGGUUCCUGAAGAGGAUGGGGGGGAGUUGGUGGUGGAGUUGCCUGAUGGGGAGGAGAGGAGGUAUACGAUUGGGGAGCUGAAAAAGAGAUUUAAAACGGAGAGAGUUACGGCAACGUUGCAGUGCAGUGGAAACAGGAGGAACGACAUGACCCGACACGCAGGGAAAACGAAUGGGUUGCAGUGGGGGGUCGGCGCGAUAAGUAACGCGGUUUGGGAGGGCGUGAAGCUGAAAGAUCUCCUAAAAGAUGCUGGGCUCGAGUUGGAACAACAAGAGAACGAAAAAGAUAUGCACGCUUGGUUUGUCGGCAGGGAGGCUUACUCGGCUAGUAUACCGCUCCCGAAAGCGACCGACCAAAACGGGGACGUGCUGCUCGCGUGGGGGAUGAACGGAGAAACACUCCCGAGGGAUCACGGGUUCCCACUCAGGGUGGUGGUGCCGGGGAAUGUGGCUGCCAGGAGAGCCUUUGGGCCGAACGAAGGGGGCAAGGAGGAUUGGGACAAGGCGCCGAGCAUACAGGAGAUGCCGGUGACGAGCGCGAUAACGGGGGUCUGGGUGGGGGAGUGUGUCAAGAAAGUUUCUUGGAUGCCGGGGGGAGGUAUUGGGAGUGGGGAGAGGGUGAAUGGGGGGGGGAGAACGAUUGAUAUGGCGGCUACACCGCAAAAGGUGGGCUUCACCCCCAAACCGACCUCUUCUGACGGCAAUACCCCCUGUCCGGAAACAACACCGGACAAUGAACCCAUUGCCCUCCAGGGAUACGCCUACUCUGGCGGGGGCAGAAAAAUCACGCGCGUUGAUGUCUCCCUCGACGGCGGCGCGACGUGGGACCAGGCCCAGCUCGUGGACGACUGCUCCAACCCAGCCACGCCGUGCUAUGGGAACAAGAGCUGGGGGUGGACAAGGUGGAGAUACAACGGUACUCUUCCCGUCCUCUCCCUCCCACCCACUGUCCCCUUACCCCCGGCCCUGGCAAAGGUUGGGCAGGACUGCGAGGAUGGAUUCGGCCGGUCGGUGAGCUUGAUGGGACAGUUGCCUAAGAAGCAGUGCACCACGCUUAUUGUCAAGGCCACGGACGAGAGUUACAAUACCCAGCCGGAGAGCCACAAGGGGAUAUAUAAUGUCCGGGGCAACCUGGCGACGGCGUGGCAUAGGGUAAAGAUUUGUCCCGAGUGCACCAAGGGGAACGGGGGUAAGGGAGGGUUGGUGUGGAAUACGGGGGAGACGUAUGGGUGUGGGUUCAGGAAAGAGGCGGAAGAGGUUAGGGAGGGGAUGAGGGCUGCUUCUGAGAGUACUGGGAAUGGCAAGUGA